ACGAGUUCAGGCGUCUGUGUAUCGUUGGAGUUGCCCAAGGACACGGCCUCCCUAACGGCUAUCCGAACGCACACUUCCCCAACGGCAACGGAAACGGAAACGGCAAUGGCUACAACUACAAUGGCUACAAGUAUCCUGCAGUUCCUAACGGUAACGGUAACGGAGGCAUCGGGGGCAACGGAGGAAGCUUUGGAGGAAACGGAGGAAGCUUUGGAGGCAACGGAGGAAGCUUUGGAGGCAACGGAGGAGGACACCAACGUAUAGGCUCGGUUUCUGUGAAUGAAUCCAUCGACGUGUGCAAACAUUUCACCAACCUGUGUCUGAACGGACGCUGCAUCCCCACCCUGCAGAGCUACCGCUGCGAGUGCAACAUGGGAUACAGACAGGACGUCCGCGGGGAGUGUAUCGAUGUGGAUGAGUGUGUGAGUAAUCCGUGUGUCAACGGAGACUGUGUCAACACACCUGGAGGAUACCAGUGCAAGUGCCAUGAGGGUUACCAGGGAACCCCCACGAAACAGGCCUGCAUGGAUAUUGAUGAGUGCAUUGUGAACGGAGUGAUGUGUCGUAAUGGCCGCUGUGUGAACACCGAGGGAAGCUUCCAGUGCAUCUGCAAUGCCGGCUUCGAGCUCACUCCUGACGGGAAGAACUGCAUGGAUCACGAUGAGUGCGCCACCACCAACAUGUGUCUCAAUGGCAUGUGUAUCAACGAGGACGGCAGCUUCAAGUGUAUCUGCAAACCGGGCUUCGCUUUAGCACCUAACGGACGCUACUGCACAGAUAUCGACGAGUGUCUAACUCCUGGCAUUUGUAUGAACGGCCGCUGCAUCAACUCCGAGGGCUCUUUCCGCUGCGAGUGUCCUCCAGGCCUGGCCAUCGAUGUGGAUGGGAGAGUGUGUGUGGACACACACAUGAGGACCACCUGUUAUGGCGCCAUUAAGAUGGGCACAUGUUCUCGACCGUUCCCCGGUGCGGUCACCAAGUCUGAGUGCUGCUGCGCUAACGCUGAACAUGGCUUUGGAGAGCCCUGCAAUCCCUGCCCCUCCAGAAACUCUGCUGAAUUCCAGGCUGUUUGCAGCAGUGGUAUCGGCAUAACAGCUGAUGGCAGAGACAUCAAUGAGUGUGCCUUGGACCCGGACAUUUGUCAGAACGGCAUCUGUGAGAACCUGAGAGGAAGCUACCGCUGCAUCUGUAACAUCGGAUACGAGUCUGACACCAGCGGCAAGAACUGUGUUGACAUCAACGAGUGUAAUGUGAACCGCCUGCUUUGUGACAACGGACUGUGCAGAAACACCCCUGGCUCCUAUACCUGCUCCUGUCCUAAAGGAUUCAUCUUUAAACCUGAGUCAGAGACCUGCGAGGAUAUCAACGAGUGCGACUCCAGCCCCUGCAUCAAUGGAGCGUGUCGCAACGUGGCCGGGUCCUUCAACUGUGAGUGCACCCACGGGAGCAAGCUGGACUCCACCAACACCAUCUGCGUGGACAGCAUGAAGAGUACGUGUUGGCUGACGAUCCAGGACAACCGCUGCGAGGUCAACAUCAACGGAGCCACGCUGAAGUCUGAGUGCUGCUCCACGCUGGGAGCCGCCUGGGGCAGCCCCUGUGACCCCUGUGAGAUCGACACCGCCUGCUCCCGAGGCUUCGCUCGUAUGAAGGGCCUGGUGUGUGAAGACAUUAAUGAGUGUGAGGUGUUCCCCGGAGUGUGUACAAACGGCCGCUGUGUGAACACUCAGGGCUCGUUCCGCUGCGACUGCGUCGAGGGCCUCAGCUUGGACAGCACGGGACGCACAUGUGUGGAUACGCGUAGCGAGCAGUGCUACCUGAAGUGGCACGAAGAUGAGUGUGGCGAGCCGUUGCCGGGCAGAUACCGGAUGGACAUGUGCUGCUGCUCCGUGGGCUCGGCCUGGGGGGUGGACUGUGAGGAGUGUCCCCAACCCAGCUCCCCGGAGUACAGGAGCAUCUGCCCCCGGGGGCCCGGCUUCGCCAACAGAGGGGAGAUCCUCACGGGAAGACCCUUCUACAAAGAUGUGAAUGAGUGCAAGGUGUUCCAGGGUCUGUGCACCCAUGGGAGCUGCAGGAACACCAUCGGCAGCUUCAAGUGUCGCUGCAGCAACGGCUUCGCUCUGACCGCCGAGGAGAGGAACUGCACCGAUAUUGAUGAGUGCCGCAUCUCCCCCGACCUUUGUGGGAACGGAGCCUGCGUCAACACGCCCGGCAGCUUCGAGUGCGAAUGCUUCGAAGGCUACGAGAGCGGAUUCAUGAUGAUGAAGAACUGCAUGGACAUCGAUGAGUGUGAGAGGAACCCCCUGCUGUGUCGUGGAGGAACCUGCCUGAACAAUGAAGGAAGCUACGAGUGUGAAUGCCCCCCCGGACACGCGCUCAGUAACGACGGAUCUGUGUGUGAAGAUGUGAAUGAGUGCCAGCUGAGUGACAACCUGUGUAAACACGGUCAGUGUGUGAACGGGCCGGGGACGUACCAGUGCACCUGUGACACCGGUUACCAGGGGACCCCCGACAAACAGGGCUGCGUGGAUAUUGAUGAAUGCACCAUAAUGAACGGCGGCUGUGAGACUCACUGCACGAACUCGGAGGGAGGCUACGAGUGCAGCUGCAGCGAGGGAUACGCUCUGAUGCCCGACCUGCGCACCUGCUCAGAUAUCGAUGAGUGUGAGGAGUCUCCGGACAUCUGUGACGGAGGACAGUGCACCAACAUCCCCGGAGAAUACCGCUGCCUGUGUUACGACGGCUUCAUGGCCUCCAUGGACAUGAGGACGUGUAUCGACGUGAACGAGUGUGACUUGAACCCAAACAUCUGUCUCCACGGCGACUGCGAGAACACCAAAGGCUCCUUCAUCUGCCACUGUCAGCUGGGAUACUUUGUGAAGAAGGGAUCCACGGGCUGCACAGAUGUUGAUGAGUGUGAGAUCGGAGCUCAUAACUGCGACGCGCACGCCGCCUGCAUCAACGUGCCGGGCAGCUUCAAGUGUCGCUGCAGAGACGGCUGGUUGGGAGACGGCCUCAAGUGUGUGGAUCAGGACGAGUGCUCUGCAGAGGAUCACAACUGCAACCCCAACGCAGACUGUGUGAACACGCCGGGGUCCUACAGGUGCACCUGCAAGGAGGGCUUCAACGGGGACGGCUUCUUCUGCUCCGAUAUGGACGAGUGUGCGGACAACGUGAACCUGUGUGAGAACGGCCAGUGUCUGAACGCUCCGGGGGGGUACCGCUGCGAGUGUGAGAUGGGCUUCACCCCCACCGAGGACAGCAAGGCCUGCCAAGACAUCGAUGAGUGUAAUUUCCAGAACAUCUGUGUGUUCGGAACGUGUCAGAACCUCCCCGGGAUGUUCCGCUGUGUGUGUGACGACGGAUACGAGCUGGACCGCAGCGGAGGAAACUGCACGGACAUUAACGAGUGUGCGGACCCUGUGAACUGCAUCAACGGCCUGUGUGUGAACACGCCGGGCAGCUACCUGUGUAACUGCCCCGCUGACUUCGAGCUCAACCCCACCGGAGUGGGCUGCGUGGACACUCGUGUUGGGAACUGCUUCCUGGACAUUCUGGCCCGCGGUGACGGAGGAAUCUCCUGCAGCGCGGAGAUCGGAGUGGGGGUGACCCGCGCCUCCUGCUGCUGCUCCCUGGGAGGAGCCUGGGGAAACCCCUGUGAACUCUGCCCCGCCCCCAACUCCACGGAGUAUAAGACACUUUGUCCAGGAGGAGAGGGAUUCAGACCCAACCCCAUCACUGUCAUCUUGGAAGAUAUCGAUGAGUGCCAGGAGCUACCAGGUCUGUGUCAGGGUGGAAACUGUCUGAACACCUUCGGGAGUUUCCAGUGUGAAUGUCCUGCCGGAUACUACCUGAACGAGGAGACCCGCAUCUGUGAGGAUAUCGAUGAGUGCACCACCCACAUCGGGAUCUGUGGACCGGGUACCUGCUACAACACGCUGGGCAACUACACCUGUGUGUGCCCCCCCGAGUACAUGCAGGUCAACGGAGGAAACAACUGCAUGGACAUGAGGAAGAGUGUGUGUUACCGAAACUACAACGACACUUGUGAGAACGAGCUGUCCUUCAACAUGACCAAGAAGAUGUGCUGCUGCGCCUACAACGUGGGGAAAGCCUGGAACAAACCCUGCGAGUCCUGUCCCACUCCGGCCACCACUGAGUACCAGUUGCUGUGUGGGAACCAGGCUCCUGGCUUCAUCAUCGACAUCCACACUGGAAAGCCCGUCGAUAUUGAUGAGUGCAGGGAGAUCCCCGGCAUCUGUGCCAACGGGGUGUGUAUCAAUCAGAUCGGGAGCUUCCGCUGUGAGUGUCCGAUGGGCUUCAGCUACAACAACAUCCUGCUCAUCUGUGAAGAUAUUGAUGAGUGUAACAGCGGGGACAACCUGUGCCAACGCAACGCCAACUGCAUCAACAUCCCAGGAAGUUACCGCUGCGAGUGUUCGCCGGGAUUCAAACUGUCGCCCAGCGGGGCCUGUGUGGACCGUAAUGAGUGCCAGGAGAUCCCUAACGUGUGCAGCCAUGGAGAGUGCAUCGACACGCAGGGGAGCUACCGCUGCAUCUGCCAGAACGGGUUCAAGGCCACUGCCGACCAGACCAUGUGCAUGGACAUCGAUGAGUGUGACAGACAGCCGUGUGGUAACGGCACCUGUAAGAACACGGUGGGCUCCUACAACUGCCUCUGCUUCCCCGGCUUCGAGCUCACACACAACAACGACUGCAUGGACAUCGACGAGUGCAGCGCUCUGCAGGGUCAGGUGUGCAGGAACGGGCAGUGCAUCAACGGGCUGGGGUCCUUCCAGUGUCUCUGCCACGAGGGCUACGAGAACACUCCGGACGGGAAGAACUGUGUCGAUAUCAAUGAGUGUGUGAGCCUCCCCGGCACCUGCUCUCCAGGAACUUGUCAGAACCUGGACGGAUCUUUCAGAUGUAUCUGUCCUCCUGGCUACGAGGUGCAGAACGACCAGUGUAUAGAUAUCAACGAGUGUGAGGUGGAGCCCAACAUCUGCCAGUUUGGCACCUGCACCAACACCCCCGGCAGCUUCCACUGCACCUGCCAGUCGGGCUUCGUCCUCUCGGAGAACAAGCGGCGCUGCUACGACACCAGAGAGAGCUUCUGCUUCACUACAUUUGAGGCGGGGAAAUGCUCCGUCCCCAAAGCUCUGAACACCACCAAGGCUAAGUGCUGCUGCAGCAAGAUGCCCGGAGAGGGCUGGGGGCUGCCCUGCGAGCUGUGCCCCCGAGAGAGCGAGGCAGCUUUUGACACACUCUGUCCUUUCGGGCACGGAGCCCUGCCUGGACUCGGCGAUACUCGUGAAGACAUGAAUGAGUGUCUGAACAACCCGGGCAUCUGUCAGAACGGGAUCUGCAUCAACACAGACGGCUCGUUCCGCUGCGAGUGUCCCUUCGGUUUCAACCUGGAUUACACCGGGGUCAACUGUAUUGACACUGACGAGUGCUCGAUUGGAAACCCUUGUGGGAAUGGAACCUGCACCAACGUGGUCGGAGGAUUCGAGUGUACGUGCCAGGACGGAUUCGAACCCGGAGCCAUGAUGACCUGCGAGGACAUCAACGAGUGCUCCCAGAAUCCCUUGCUGUGUGCCUUCCGGUGCGUGAACACUUUUGGUUCCUAUGAGUGCAUGUGCCCCGGUGGCUACGUGCUGCGAGAGGACCAGCGCAUGUGCAGAGACCAGGACGAGUGCUCUGAGGGGAUGGAUGACUGCGACUCCAAGGGCAUGACCUGUAAGAACCUGAUCGGGACCUUCAUGUGUAUUUGCCCCCCCGGCAUGCAGCGCAGACCCGAUGGAGAGGGCUGUAUGGAUCUGAACGAGUGCCGCUCCAAACCGGGCAUCUGUAAGAACGGCCGCUGUGUGAACACGGUGGGGAGUUACCGCUGCGAGUGCAACGACGGCUUCGAGUCCAGCGUCACUGGAACUGAAUGCAUUGACAACAGAAAGGGCUUCUGCUUCACGGAGGUUCUGCAGAUCAUGUGCCAGCAGUCGGCCACCAACAGGAACAGUGUCACUAAGUCUGAGUGCUGCUGCAACACAGGGAGGGGCUGGGGGUCUCAGUGCGAGCUGUGCCCGCUGCCCGGCACCAUGCAGUACAAGAGGAUGUGCCCGCUCGGACCCGGAUACACCACCGACGGCAGAGACAUCAACGAGUGCACGGUGAUGCCAGAUCUGUGUCGUAACGGUCAGUGCAUCAACGCCAUCGGAUCCUUCCGCUGUCACUGCAACGUGGGAUACAAAACCGACUACACAUCCACCUCCUGCAUCGAUAUGGACGAGUGUGCUCUGUCUCCGAAGCCCUGUAACUUCCUGUGUAAGAACACAGAGGGCAGCUACCUGUGCUCCUGCCCCCGAGGAUACAGCAUGCAGCCGGACGGGAAGACCUGCAAAGAUAUUGAUGAAUGUUCGUCUAAGCAACAUAACUGCCAGUUCCUGUGUGUGAACACCAUCGGAGGCUUCACCUGCAAGUGCCCCCCCGGCUUCACCCAGCACCAGACGGCCUGCAUCGACAACAAUGAGUGCUCUGCUCAGAACACGGCGUGUGGAACCAGAGCUGCCUGCGUCAACACGCCCGGCAGCUUCAACUGUGAAUGCUCUAAAGGUUUCUCCCUGGACGGCACCGGCGUGGAGUGUGAGGAUGUGGAUGAGUGUGGCAGUAACCACCGCUGCCAGCACGGCUGUCAGAACAUGAUGGGAGGUUUCCGCUGCGGCUGUCCUCAGGGCUACGUGCAGCACUACCAGUGGAACCAGUGCGUCGAUGAGAACGAGUGUCAGGGAGCAUCGGUGUGUGGCUCCGCCUCCUGCUACAACACACUGGGCAGCUUUAAGUGUGUGUGUCCCUCCGGCUUUGACUUCGAGCAGGGCGGCAGCGGCUGCCAGGACGUGAACGAGUGCAGCGGCAGCAGCUCCAACCCCUGCAUCUACGGCUGCUCCAACACCGACGGAGGGUAUCAGUGCGGCUGCCCCGGGGGCUUCUACAGGGCCGGACAGGGUCACUGUAUGAGCGGCUCAGGUUUCCCGGGACAUGUCACGGAGGGCGAUGACGAGGACAGUCUGUCUCCCGAGGCGUGCUACGAGUGUAAGAUCAACGGAGCAGGAGCAGGAGGAGGAGCCAAGAACGGGCGCCACAGACGCCACACUGACGGAAACGAACUCAGCGAGGAGCCAGAAGUGAGCAUGGCCAGCAUCGACACGCAGGGCCCGAUCCCCAUGAACCUCACUCUGUCCUCGCUGCUCAACAAGGAGCCUCUGCUGGAGCUCCUGCCGGCCCUGGAGCCUCUGGAGCACCACGUCCGCUACGUCAUCACUCACGGGAACACCAACGAACACUUCCGCCUGCUGGAGCGACGCGACGGCAAGAGUGUGCUCCGGCUCGCCAAGAGGGCGCCCCCCGCGGGAUCCUACCAGCUGGAGAUCGCCAGCCUGAGGCUCUUCGGACCCCGCAGACUCCACCAGCUGGAGGAGCAGCACGACACUGACUACCUACGAGGGGAGAUAGGAGACGCCCUGCGCAUCAAGCUCCUCAUCCACCUGCACUGAGCCCAGAGUGCGCUCACCAUCCUGUCCUGGACUGAUUCCUAAAAGCCUCUAACCUUCCCUUCCACCCCUUUUUCUCCGAUAACUCCUCCCCCCUGCAGGAGCACCCCCACCUGCAUCAAGGGCUACGAAAGACUGAGUCAAUCAGCCCAACUCUACCACCACUUUGUUACUGUUUUUGUUAUUAUAUGUUCAUGUUUUAUGACUACACUUCCUCAUGCGCCCCUCCACUUGUAGUUGACCCAGCACUCCACUGAGAACCGGUGGAGGAGAAAGCAGAGAGGUGAUCAGUGUUUGGACCGUAGCACCCUGAUAGAGACAAAAUAAUGGUUAAAAAGUCCAUGAAGCACUUUUGUACACAAGCAGUACAAGAAAAUAAGUGCAGAGAGCAGCCAAAAACGGUCAAAAUGCCAAAAUUAUAAGUAUAAGGGGUGGUCCAAGGACUUUCUCACCUCUCUGUGAUCUUGGUAAAAAUAAUUCACAACACUGGGGAACAAUGUUCGUCACGUCCGCCCCUUUCAGUAUUGUAGUGUGUCAUUUAAUGUAUUUGUGCUGUUUGAAAAAUGUUAACACGAAGGACUGCAACAUUUACACAGCAUUUCAGGUUCUUCAGUCCAUAGCAGGUCUGUUUUAUAGCCGUAUGAAAACCCACUUUCAGCGAGCUACUCUUGACGUAGCCGACUUUUGUCAAGCAGGGAUUAGCGUGUUUGCGUGUGUGUGCGGUCAUGUUUGGUUACCUCAGUGCUUCUCAGCCAGUGCGGACACCGUGCUGCGAUGCAGAAUUUGAAACAAAAAAGGGUGCUAGUGUCGCUCAGGAUCCAUCGUGAGCAGGGAAUAAACACCAGUUAGUAGCUCACAGAGAAAAAGAUAGAUCAGGUCAUGUUUGUGUUUAUCUCGUAGGGAUUAAGACUUCAGGAGCACUGAUUUUGGACCUGAGAGACAGCUUUUUCUUUAAGGCCAGAGUAUUUUCCCCUUGUUGAUAGCUUCUCCCGGUUCUGCAUUUAAAAAAACUCCUAAACAUAAAAGCUACAGGAGAAUAGAGUGGUGCAGGAAUGAGUCCUUCAAACCAGGAAAUGAGUCCGCAUUUUACAACGUUUGCUUCCCUCGUGAUUUUGGUCAGAUGCUUAGUUAACAAAAUCUAAAGAGAUGUUCACAUUUUGUUGUACAACAUAAAAUAGGUCAGUAAAUACCCAAUUGGUGAAUAUCUGAAGCGUAUAUGUAGCUUAAAUGGGAACUAAACGUCAACACGCCGAACAUUAGCCGCCGUUAGCAUAGCGGUGAUGACGUUCUGUAGCUUGUUUUAGCCUAACAUUAGCUUUUUACUUCUGGCUUAUGACCAUUUUAAUUAAAUACAAUAGGUGUUUAAAUAUGGAGGGUGUCAUCACGCCAAACAUUAGCCGCAGUUAGCUUAGCGGUGGUUACGGGAAGUGAUGUUACCCUGCUGUAGCUUGUUUUAGCCUAACAUUAGCUUCGUACCUUUGAAAUUAAUAAAACACGUGUUAUGGAGAGUACGAAACGUGUAGUGUCCACUGUUCUUAUUUGCUGGGAUAUUCCAAAAUUGUUAGCCGACAAGAUAAGUCUUAACUGCACCACUCUAUAGAGCAGAACUCGAUUAUAAGUGGACUUAUUUUACUUUACCGUGAGCUUUCUUAACCUUGUUUACAACACAGCUGACUGCAGCCUCAAAGACCCAUGACAUGUUAACCUAAACUGUAACUAAAGGUAGUGUUUUACAGCGUAAGGGCACGCACACAGGUAAACACCAAACCUCAUAAAGAAACCAAAUAUCAAGCAGGUCAUCUUUCAUUUCUCAUGAUUUGUUUUUCUCUCGAGGAGGAAAAAGGUGCUAGAUAAUACCAUCUCGUACUCUGUACAAAGUGCAGUCUUGAAUCUGGAUUGCAAAAAGACUUAUUCUUUUUUUAGGAUUUAUUGUUGUGUAUGUCUGUCUUUUGUAUUGUCUCAAUGCUGAAAAAACAAUAUUAUCAAACUUGCUUCUUGAAAAUUAAAUUGUAUAUUUUUAAGUAAAAUGUAGAUGUUUUUGUUUUCCAAUGUCAAGGCUGCCAAACCAAAUACUCACAGUAAGAUGAAGGCCUUUUAAGUGUGUUGACUUUUUUUGUUGAGAAACAAAAACUGUCUGUAUUGUUUGAAACCACUGUCAAUCAGCCACCACCAAGGUUACAUGUAAAACGGACUUAAUAACAAUAAACAUUCCCAUCAUUUAUUAUCUCAUACAAGCUUACACUGUCUGUACAAUGCCAUAAUAUCUCCAUUUAGGAUCUAUGGUGCUAAAUCUUUACAGUCAAUGUUGCUGCACUGCCCCACAGCCUUUAAUGUUUGUAAUACAUAACCAUGUUUCUAACCUGGGAACCCUUUGUAUACUUUGAAUCGUUAAUGUCAGUUAGUAAUUCUUUUAUUUACCACUAUGUUUAAAAAAAAGGCAUUGUGUUACGUGUGCUUCUCAGCUUCAGUGUGACUUGAAACAAUACUGUCAUCUCCAUCUGUUUGCAUUUAAAAAUCUGUGUUUUAUAGAAAAUUAAGAAGACUGUUUCUGCUCGAAUGUUCACCAAAAAGCUGAAAUGACAAUCAUGCAGUCACAUCACGCCUACCAACUGACAAUCAAUAAAUCAAUCAUGGAACAUUUUUUAAUAUCCUGAAUGUGCAAAAACCAAAGAUGUAUAACACCAAAUGGCAGUCUGUAAAAUUAGAGUGAUUCACAUAUUGUAAACUUUUGUCCAGUGACAUUAACGGCAAUAAAGUAUUGUGGGUUAUAUUUUUAA